GUCCAUUCGAAUGAUUCAAACUCAAUCUCUCUACCUACGUGUAUAGAUCGUAUUGUCCCUGGCCUCAAUUCAUCCAAUCACCACCUACUCAUAUUGACGUCCCGAUUUCCGAGUUCGGGCGCAAAGCUUCAUUCCGAAAUCGGACUUAGUGGGGGCGGGGCUAUCAAUAAAGUCAUUCUUGUUCCCCAAACAUUUUCUCGUCCCCAAACAACACAAUUCAAUCCUUCUUCUUUUUCUCUAGAUAUCCAUUGUCCUUAUAAUUGUUGAAUAAAGAAAUUCUUACUGCAAAGAUGGCAACUCAUAAUAUUGUAGUUUUCGGUGGUGAUCACUGCGGUCCCGAGGUUGUAGCGGAAGCUAUCAAGGUUCUAAAAGUGGUAGAAAGCGAUAGACCAUCAGUUGGAAAGUUCAAUUUCCAAGAACAUCUCUUGGGUGGUUGCUCAAUUGAUGCCCACGGUGAGCCUCUCACAGCCGAAGCUCUCGAAGCUGCCAAAAACGCCGAUGCCGUUCUUCUCGGCGCAAUCGGUGGUCCAAAAUGGGGAACUGGAAAAGUACGCCCCGAGCAAGGAAUCCUUGCUCUCCGCAAACAAAUGGGCACAUAUGGAAACCUCCGCCCUUGUAAUUUCGCAUCACCUACCUUGACCGAGAUCUCCCCAUUGAAAGAAAAGGUCUGCGAAGGCGUCGAUUUCUGCAUUGUGCGAGAAUUGACCGGAGGCAUUUACUUCGGAGAGAGAAAGGAAGAUGAGGGAGACGGAAAGGCUUGGGACACAGAACCAUAUACCAGAGAGGAAAUCGAGCGUGUGACAAGAUUAGCAGCAAACCUUGCCCUUGCGCAAGAUCCCCCAGCUCCAGUUUGGAGUUUGGAUAAGGCAAACGUUCUCGCAACAUCAAGGUUAUGGCGCAAAACUGUCACCGACGUCAUGGCUGCGGAGUUUCCACAAUUGAAGAUCGGACAUCACUUAAUUGAUAGUGCAGCCAUGUUGAUGGUAAAAGACCCAAGAAAGUUGAACGGUAUCGUAGUAACAAGCAAUUUGUUCGGAGAUAUUAUCAGUGAUGAGGCCAGCGUUAUUCCUGGCAGUAUUGGACUCUUGCCAAGUGCAAGUUUGAGUGGUGUCCCUGAUGGAAAGAGCAGAUGUAAUGGUAUCUACGAGCCAAUUCACGGCUCCGCCCCAGACAUCAGUGGCAAAGGCAUCGUAAACCCCGUCGGUACCAUCCUCUCCGUCGCCAUGAUGCUCAAAUACUCUCUCAACCUCCCAGUCGAAGCUAAAGCCGUCGAAGAAGCUGUCCGCAGAACCAUCGAAAAGGGAAUCAGAACCGCCGACAUCGGUGGUUCGAAUAAGACUGUUGAGGUUGGUGAUGCAGUUGUUGAGGAAUUAAAGAAGGUCUUGAAGGAGCUUUAAAUGUAUCAAAAAGGGAAUUUGCCAGAGUCGUAAAGUGUACCUGGUGUUACAGAAUCUGUCAUUAUACAAUGGGUCAUAGUCGCAAUCGUAUAAGAAAACAAACGAUGUUGCUUAUGGAGUUGAAAAGUAUUUAGCGGUCAAAAAGAUUAAGAUAUCAAUCGCAAUAUGUAUUAUUUUGGUCUGUCUUGUCUAGGUCUCCUCAGGUCAUCAUUGAAUUUCCUACUCGUAGCA